AUGGUUCAAGAUCAUUCAGGUGCUCCUCGGCGCUCAGCAAAUGCGAGUCAAACACCACAAAGUGGCUCAUCAGCCAACAAGAAGAAAGUCGCCCGACGUGAUCCAGAGAAGAGACGCAUGCAGAAUCGCUUAGCCCAGCAGAAUUAUAGGGAAAAGCAGCGAAAGCGCAUACAAGAGCUAGAGCGGCGUGCUGGAGAACAUGGCACCGAGGUACAAGGGGAAGCUGACAGGGCCCUUGAGAAAACACAACUGAUAGGAGACAUUACCACAAGACCUGGUAACGGUAUUCCUCUAGACAUAGAGACCGUCAACCCUCUUGAUCUCUACAACGAUCCUGAGACGUCAGCACCACACCAAUCAACCACACAUGCAGAGACAUGGGACUCGGACAUCAUUUACGAGGACAUUGACAAGUGGCUCGUAUCAAAUCCUACUUGCGAUGAGCACACAAUGUCGACAUUGUUCUUCAACUGCGGCUGUCCCACUCUUCACGUCCCCAACACGUCGGUAGAAGUCCUUCUCCCUGUCAUCCCUAACCCAUACAAGAACAACCUUCAAAUCGACAUCAUCUGCAUAAUCUCAGCUAUGCUAGAGAACUGCCUCUCACUUGGGAUAACGCGCUCUAUGUACUGCGCUGACGAGGCUACGUCUCCUUUCUAUCGGGAUCACGUCGACUCAGAUCCCAGUGCGCAAGCUAUCGUUGCGUCUGUCCAACGAGUGUCCCGCGGAUUGCAUUUUGAUCUUCGCCCUACACAGACACAGGUCGUUGUCAAGCACCAUCCGUUCAUUGAUACGAUCCCGUUCAAAGAGGUCAGGGACAAUAUCAUCAAGUACAUGAACCCUAUGGAUGAGGAUGAGUUCUUCCACGACUCGUUGAAUCACUUGACAUGUUGGGGAGGUGUCAAUGGUGCACAUACUGGAACACCGUGGGACGCGAGAAGCUGGGAGGCGACGGAAGAGUUCUUGCAGAAGUGGUCAGAUAUUGUAGGGGGUGAAGAGGGUGAGCUGGCGAGGAAUUCUCAGUGGUGGAGAUCGCUUCGUGGUGAACGAACAGUGACGGAGAUAAUGUGA